AUGUCGUCGCCCACGCCUUUCCACAGAAUCCUCUGUCUUGUCAUCUUUGCCGCUUUGUCAUGGUUUUUGGUUGUCGCGAAGCCCAUUGAGCUCCCCGCUCGAGAACGGGCCCGACACGCGAGCAACCUGCCUCUCGUCGUCAUGGCUACUGUCGGCGCGGGAGGCUUGCGAAACGAACUGACCUUCGACUUCGACACCUCUCAAAUGCCAACUUUGAUCCUCGACACGCCUGCAUGCACCCAUCCUGUCUGUGAUGCCCCAGACUGCCAGACUACUGGUGCCGUUUCAACCUCGAGCGCCAUUACCUGCUCGUCUCUCCAGCAUUGCUACCUCGACGGCGAGAGGGAAAGUGUGAUCACAACGGACUCUUACGACUCUCAUGGAGGCCUCGCAACGGAGAAAUUGAACGCGCUUCAUCCCGUCCUGACUGACACGAGCGUGGCCCCCUUCCUGUCCACUGGGAACUACGAAAUUUCGCCAGUUACCUUCACCCAAGCUCUAGCUGUUACGACAACACAACCGGCAUUCGAGGACAACCUGCCUUCCCCUCUAGGUGCGGCACCUCAUGAGGAAACGACAAUUACUCAUACCGCGACUAUUCCUCAGGACCAAGACGGCGAUACCUCUGGGCCGGGGACGGCACUGGCACCCGGAGAUACAAUGACCCCGGUGCCUGGUCAAAAGACUGUGUACGUGACCGUCACGGAGGACCCCAGCACUGCCACCACCCCUCCGAACCAGCCUUUUAGCAACAAGCCUCUAUCUACAAGCCACCCGGAGUCCAAAAAGACCGCAAUCAUUCUUGGAUCCGUCUUCGGAUCCCUGGCGGUCCUAUGCAUCUCCGUUGUCUCGGUGGACCGCCUCCGCAAGCUCAGACGACGGAAGCGCGAGGAGUCCCAGGAAGUCCCGGAGGGCCAGAAAGUACAGGAAGGCCAGGGUGGCCAGGGAGGCCAGGGAGGCCAAGAAGGCCAGCAAUGCCAAGACUCGGUCUCGAGCGUCGAAGACAUGUCGGAGCUCCUUAGACUGCAGCAGCAGACCUACGGCUACUACGGCACGCAGAGAGUCGCCAGCAGUACCAUUAUUCCGCAGCAGAUGAAGAGCUUCCCGACCAGCUCUGAGCCCGUCGAGCUCCCCACCCCCAAGGGCGACACCGUGGAGAAGGAAGGUCGCAGCGCUCACUGGGCUCAGUCGGCCCAACCGCGAUACUGA